UUUCUAUCGAUAUCCACCAUUUAGCGCAGGUCAAUAAUGGCUACAUCCAGCCGUGGAUUCACAGGAUAGUACAGUUGACAUUUCAUCACUUAUAAAGUUGAUCGAGAAAGUAUGGAGAACGACGAUGUGAGCAUGGAAGACUUGCCAGACGAUUUGACGCCAUUUAUCACUCGAAUAGCUAUGGAUCACGUUGGUGCAGGUUCAUGUGGCGAUGUCUGGAAAUGCAAUUAUACUAAUGCAAAUGGUAUUUCUACCCUCGUUGCGGUCAAGGCUUUCAGACUUCCAGAACAUUAUGAUUUAGAGACACUCAACAGGAAAAUCAGCCGAGAAAUCGGCAUAUUGAAGAUUUUACACCAUGACAACAUUGUACCAUUAUUGGGUAUAGUGACAGGAUUUGGAUCUAGGCCAGAAUUGCGCUGCUUAGUUUCUCCGUGGAUGCCAAAUGGCACAUUGAAUGCAUACCUAGUAUCUAACCACAACGACCUAAUAGCCCUGGACCGUUCGCGUAUGGCAAAUAUACUGAUCGACAACGGAGGUUUUGCAAGAUUGAUCGAUUUUGGUCUUUCCACCAUUACACAACCCCUUCUUGGCCAGUCGCAUUUGGCGGUGACAUCUAUAUAUCACGGCGCAAUCCCCUAUGCUGCACCAGAACUCAUUCUACCAGAGACUACAUGUGACCCAGGGUUGGAGGACAAAAUUGAUAUCUACUCCUUCGGUUGUGUAAUGCUUCAAAUUCUCUCGGGUCGGCCCCCUUGGUCUGAGAUUAAAUCUUCAAGGCCGGUGGCAUGCAUUACUGCCAUGAUAUCCAAAGGUUUUAGACCGCAGCGUCCAGAUGCUCAUCCUGAAAUAAUAGACUCCGAUUGGAAAUUCAUCCAGGAAUGUUUGCAAUCCAAACCUGAACUUCGACCUUCAGCAAAUGAAGUGCUUGACUUUGUCAUGCAUAGGGUUUCCUCCCCAGAAUCUUGUAGUAAACCGCCUGAGGAUCAUCCCGAUGACGCGCCGGAUGAUUUCCCUGGAACUUCCCCGCGCGGUGGUUCCAACGACUCAGAUACAACAGAGCAACCACCCGACAGUUUACCACUCUAUUCUGAUUAUGAACUGAAGACUUUGUUCACGGUCGCAGAUAAUUUCUCUGCCUUCACUCCUGCAUUUGCCGUAUCAACUAUUUUUUACGACAACAGGUAUAAUGGAGCAUCUGAGUCCUCCAUUAUACCAGGAUCUUGCCAUUCUCUCGAAGGAAUGUUUCAGUGCAAGUGGAAUGGUCCUAACGGGCUAUCUUGCGAUCACUUGAUUCAUCCCCACGAUCUCUCUUCUCACCUACGUGAAGUCCAUGAAAUUCGUGGCUCAGGCAAUUCCCGCAACCAGUGCAUCUGGGAUGGUUGUAAUAGGGUGCUCAGAAGAGAUACCCUCUUGAGGCAUAUAAAUGAGGUUCAUGGGCGGGUUGUGCGCCACUCAUGUGACUCAUGCGGAAGGAAGUUCAGGCGUCUAUGUAUGCUCAAUGGCCACAGGAGGACGUGCACUGUGAUCAGCAGUAGUUCAUGAUAUGGGGAGACAGCAACGUGCGCACAAGCUGGUUUGAAGGUUCUGGCUCAUGAUUAAAUCUCAUGUAUAAUGAUAUGAUAUCCUGCGCAUCAGUGGACACACAUUAGCAGACUUAAGCUAUUUUGAUGUUGCACUUGGCGUGUCGACUCGUGCCAACCUGACCCAAAUUUGAUGAUGUCUGGAAAUGGAUCCUAAUACUUAGCAACUGGUAUACCGGCCGGUAUGUAGUAUACGUAGCAGUCAAGAGUCCAGAUAUGCAGUUCGAAAUCAUAAAGUGAAUAUUAUAUGUGAACGCGUGUACAUGUAU